UUAAUCUAUUUUUCCUGUGAAAAUUCAGUUUUUUCAAUUUUAAAUUUUUAAUGUAAAUUUGGUUGAAGUGUUUGAGUAUAAUUUCCAGCUGAGCUGAUCAUGUUAAUUUUCUGGGUUUAAUCUGUUUUUUUAAUGGGUAUUGUUUACAUCUUCAAAAUUCUGAUAGUUUUUUUUUUGGAUGAAUUUUGGCUAAUUUUCACUUCCUGCUUUAAUCUUCUUUAUGCUUUCUGAAGAUCAUCCCUUUGAAUCUUCUUAUCCUUUUAUUUAUUUUCUUAUUUUUUCUGGGAAUUUCGACGUUUAUUAGCUUUAGUUUUAGAGUUAGCAAUAAAAUUAUGGAAAAUUCAGAGAAUCAACCAAAUGUGUGUAGUUUACAUCAUGGUGUUGGAAGUGAGAUUUACUCAAAAAUGAAUUAUGUUUUUUUUCGAGUAAAGGUCAAAUGGGGCGGUUGAUGGAAGAAAUUCGAUUUAUUUGGUGUGGUCAAUUACAGGACCACUAGAAAUUUUCGUAUAGAGUCUAGCAUCACACAUUGUAAGUCAAAGAGCAUUUGAUAUGCCGAAUUUGACACCACCCUUAACCAUCUAUUGAAAGGUACUUCAGUCCACAACACACUUAAGGCAUUAGAAGCUAAGUCAUGUAAUUUGUUAAGAUAAUUAUGUGCUUGAAAAACGAUUAGCCGGUUCUGCUAUCUCUGAUGUACUAAAUUUGUAGAUUUCAGUGUUGUCAGUACUUUUUAUUUCUUACACAGCCUUGGCUGUGAUCCCUAAGAAUUGCUUUACCCAAAUUUCGAGGUUUAAUCAGUUUUUUCGAUUACCCAAAAUGCUGUUGAAAUGAUUCAGGUGAUUGAGCAGUCAUGGAAAUGCUGAAUUUAGCAGGGUAUAUUUCAGCUCUAGUAUCCCUCCAUAAUAAGUCACAAACUCAGAGUUGUAAAUAAUUCAAAUAGUUGUUGAACCCUAUUCUUCAAGUCCAUACAUACUUGCAGACAAGUGAAUAGUCAUUUUCCUUAUAUCUUCUUUCUAAGGGAACCUUUUAUGAUUGUAUUCUUCUUGAUAUCUUCAUUCAAUCGUUCCUUCAUUUGUACGGCAAAGACUCUAAAUGAAGAAGUAUUUCUUUCUUCUAUUACUACUCUCUUGUUGCUUGCUUUCUACUACUAUUUUGUACCAUUCCACUUUAAUUGUCUUCUUAUCCUUCUCUUUUCUUCAAAUAUUAUUUAAUAUUCUCUACAUGAACUUCUCUUUAUAUCCUGCUCUAAUCUAUUUUUUUUGACACGUCCAUGUCUUCUCAGGCAUGUUAGAAAUCAAAGGUGAUAGGGAGGAAUAAGUCGGAAUCUACCUUUAUUGACUAGUGGUAUUUUGAGUUGUCUUUUUCGGGUCAUCUGUGAAUAUACCUCCUACUCCACCUUUGUUUUUUCAUAAUGUUAAAAAAAGUUAUCUGAAGAGAAGAUGUCUUAAACAUUUAUUCUUUCACAUACAGCAUCACCAUGAUAAUUGUGAUAUUUAGGGAUGUUCCCAGUGAUAUCAUCAUAGAAGUUCCUGGAGGGACUUAUGCACUUCAUAAGUUCCCUUUAGUCUCGCGUAGUGGGCGUUUACGCAGGUUAAUAGCUGACUGUCGAGAUUCUGAUAAAUCAAAGAUUGAGCUUCUCAACCUACCUGGAGGUGCUGAAACAUUUGAGCUGGCAGCAAAGUUUUGCUAUGGUAAUAACUUUGAGAUCACACCAGCUAAUGUUGCCCAGCUCUGUUGUGUCUCUGAUUACCUUGAAAUGACUGAAAGUUACUCGAAAGACAGUCUUGGAUCUCGAGCUGAAGAAUACCUUGACAGUGUAGUCUGCAAGAACCUAGAAAUGUGUGUUGAAGUUCUAAAGCAAUGUGAAAAUCUUCUCCCACUUGCUGAUGAGCUGAAAAUAGUUGGCAGAUGCAUUGAUGCUAUAGCUUCUAAGGCAUGUACAGAACAAAUUGCUUCAAGUUUCUCAAGGUUGGAGUACAGCAGCUCAGGGAGGCUCAACUUAAGCCGACCUGUGAAAUGUGACGGGGACUGGUGGAUUGAAGAUCUUUCAGUCCUUCGAGUAGACAUGUAUCAGAGAGUCAUAUCAGCAAUGAAAUGUAGAGGGGUUAGACCAGAGAGUAUAGGUGCUUCUCUUAUAAACUACGCAGAAAAGGAGUUGACAAAGAAAGCCAGCUUGUGGAAUGUCUCUGGUCAAUCAAGACCAGAUGUUAUUGCUGGGGCUGGUAGCAAUGAAAGAAUUGUGGUUGAAACUAUUGUCAGUCUAUUGCCGGUAGAGAAACUAGUCGUGCCACUUAGUUUCCUCUUUGGACUUCUGAGGAGUGCUAUUCUGCUGGACUGUUCUGUUGCUUGCAGGCUUGAUCUAGAGAGAAGGAUAGGAUCCCAAUUAGAUAUGGCCACUUUGGAUGACCUUUUGAUUCCCUCAUUUCGCCAUGCUGGAGAUACGCUAUUUGAUGUGGACACUGUUCAUAGGAUUUUGGUUAACUUCUCUCAGCAAGAUGAUAGUGAAGAAGAAUUGGAAAAUGUUUCUGUUUUUGAAUCAGAAAGUCCUCAAUCACCUUCACAGGGUGCCCUAUUCAAAGUCUCAAAGUUGGUGGACAAUUACCUUGUUGAGAUUGCCCCGGAUGCAAACCUCAAGCUUAACAAGUUCUUAGUUAUUGCAGAAGCUUUGCCAGAACAUGCACGCACCAUUCAUGAUGGACUGUAUAGGGCCAUUGAUGUUUAUUUGAAGGCACAUCAAGGUUUAUCAGAUGCAGAAAAAAGAAAGCUUUGCAAGCUGAUUGACUUCCAAAAGCUCUCACAAGAAGCAGGCGCGCAUGCAGCUCAAAAUGAGCGGCUUCCUCUACAGUCAAUAGUCCAAGUACUCUAUUUCGAGCAGCUAAGACUCCGAAAUGCCCUAGGUUGCUCAUUUCCCGAGGAAGAACCUAAGCCGAUGUUCCAUUCAUGGCGUGUCAAUAGUGGAGCUCUCAGUGCAUCAAUGUCUCCCAAAGACAACUAUGCCUCACUAAGAAGGGAGAAUCGAGAGCUAAAGCUUGAGCUGGCUCGUAUGAGAAUGAGACUCAAUGAUUUAGAAAAAGAUCAUGUUUGUAUGAAAAGGACCAUGCAAAAAUCUGGUUCUCGAAAAUUUAUGAGUUCUUUCUCAAAGAAGCUCGGCAAGCUAAGCUUCUUUGGACAUAGUUCUUCCAGGGCAUCAAGUUCUCCUACUCCUUCAAGACAGUCACAGAGGACAGAUUCUAAGGUUACUGAUAGAACAUAUUAAUGUUAUGGUGCGACGAGCAAUGCAAACAGGAUUUCAAUGGGGUUUCAUCUUCCAUUUUCUUGCCAGUUGCUUGCCAACCUCAGCCCUCAGAAUUUUUUAUAUGAAUUUGUGCUUUUAACUUAGUGAUAACCACUUAUUUUUCAAUCUGAGAAUGUUACAAAGAAAUGGAGAUCCUGUAUUGACUUUGCAGAAAAUCUCUUAUUUUUGGUAUAUAUAUAUAUGCACAGAUGUUAUGAAAAUAUUUAAGCAGUGAAGCAGGAUUGUACCUUAUAUCCAAUGCAAUUUUAUUUUUCCUCA